AUUUAUGAAUUAUGCGCAGCGUUCAGAUAUGAUGCAAGUACAACGGGUCGUCCUCUACAAGUGAGUUGCUGAAAGUUAUGGCGUGAAUCUAGUGCGUGUACAGCGUGAGAGAAUCGAUUAUGACUGUUCCUAUUUCGUGCUUGUUAUUCUCAUUCCCUGACAGCACGCAAACGCAAUAUACUUACAGACGAGGCUCGCUUUCUUCAGGGUGUGAGUGUCUGUAUUCCAAUGGUGCCAAGAUCAGUUCAUUGAUAUGCGCCAUACCACCUGCACGACCACGCAGAAUGACAAUCCUAAGGUUGCGUCGAUGUCGCGGGUUCAGUGGUCGUCGCGUUUCUUAAAUGAAACUUCAUGUGGCGGCGAUUCUGCAGUCCAGUAGUUUACAGUGGG